AUGGGCUGGGGAGGCUGCUGGCCGUUCCUGCUCCUCUGGGCUCUGGGCCUCGGCCUGGGCCGGACUCUGCAGCACGAGUACGCGUGCGGCGCCUACAGCAUGCAGCUGCUCGUCUUCCCCCGGCCAGGCCGCAGCGUCCGCUUCAAGGUGGUGGAUGAGUUCGGGACCCGGUUUGAAGUGACCAACUGUUCCGUCUGCCUCCACUGGAUCGCCUCGGAGCCCCCCGGGCCGGCCGUCUUCUCGGCCAACUACCAGGGCUGCCAUGUGCUGAGGAAGGGCCGCCAAUACCACCUCCAAGUGUUUGUAGAAGAGCUGCUGGACUCUGCUGUGGCGGAUGCUCAAGCUGUGACCCUGAUCUGCCCCAAGCCUGAGGCUGCCCAGCCUCGCCUCUCUGCCCCCCCUCCCCUCUCUGCCCGGCCUCGGCCUUCCCUCUCUGCCCCCCCGCCUCGGCCUUCCCUCCCUGCCCGGCCUCGGCCUCCCCUCUCUGCCCAGCCUCCGCGCUCUACCCGGCCUCCGCGCUCUACCCGGCCUCCUCCUCCUCCCUCUGCCCAGCCCAGUCCUCACUCUUGGGGCCCAGACUGGAAACACCAGCCUCUCCCACCUGUUACGGUUCGCUUCCCCCGGGGCCCCCCCAGUGGGGCUCCAGCGGGCUCUCGGGUCUCUCCAUCUCCCCCAGGAGCAGAAGCCAAGCCUGCGGGUACGCCCUUGGAGGGGUUCCAGCCUGGGUCCCGUGUCCCCCCAGGAGAAUGCCGGUUCUCCGCUGGCCGCAUCCCCUGUGCAGAAGGCAGGACCGCAGAAGCCUGUGUCCGGGCUGGCUGCUGCCAUGACGCCUCGGAUGCGGAGGUUCCGUGUUUCUACGGUGACGCAGCCACCGUCCAGUGUUCCCAAGACGGCCUCUUUGUCCUGGUGGUCUCCCGGAACACCAGCGCUGAGAAGCGGGUCAGUCUGGAGAACAUCGAGCUGGGCUACGCGCCGGGCGGCUGCCCCCCGACCCAGAGGACGGCAGACUUUGUGGUCUUCCGCUUCCCCGUCACCCAGUGUGGCACCACCAUCCAGGUGAUCAACCACCAGCUCGUCUAUGAGAAUCAGCUGGUGUCGGACAUCGCUGUCCAGAAGGGGCCGGACGGCGUCAUCACUCGGGACAGCACCUUCCUCCUCCACGCACGCUGCAUCUUCAAUGUCAGCGACUUCCUGCCCCUCCAGAUCGAGGCUUUCCGAGUGCCACCACCCGCUCCCGUGGUCCAGUCUGGCCCCUUGCACCUGGAGCUCCGCAUCGCCAAAGAUCAGAAAUACGGCUCCUACUAUGACUCAAAGGACUUCCCCAUUUCCAAGACGCUCCGGGAACCCACGUAUGUGGAAGUGAGACUUCUCAGGAGGACAGACCCCAACCUGGUGCUGGUUCUGCAUCACUGCUGGGCAACCCCCAGCACCCAUCCCUUCGAGGAGCCUCAGUGGCCUCUCCUCCUUGACGGAUGCCCGUUUGCUGGAGACGGCUACAAGACCAAGCUGGCGCCUGAAGGGAAUACGUCGGAGCCCCCUUUCCCAACUCAUUAUCAGCGUUUCAUCGUGGCCACGUUCACCUUUGUCGACUCGGUCUCCCAGAGGGCUCUCAGUGGACCGGUUUACUUCUUCUGUAGUGCCUCUGCUUGCUAUCCCUCUGAGACAGAGACGUGCAGGGCCGUGUGUCACUCGGGGGCUACGAAGCGGAGGCGCUUUGUAGAUGGCCACAUUGAGAUGGAAGGAGCCCGGGACAUUGUGGGUUCUCCUGGCCCAGUAGGAUUGGGGGCUUCUCAAGAACCGAAGAUUAUCCUAACAAAAGAGCCCAACUCGCUGGAUGGAUCUGUCGUCUUGCGGCCCAGCAUCCUGGAGACCCUCCUUCUAGAAGGAUCCUCCUGGAACGCGAUGCUGAAACCUUUGCUGUGGGUGAGCCUCUCCCUGGCGGGCAUCACCAUCUUCCUAGUGGCGGCUGCUCUCUUUGGAAGGACCCAGAAGCUUUGCAAGGGGAGCGGGGAAUACAAACAAGCUCAAUAAAGCGGAAUGUUGAUGUUUGGA